GACUUUUAGAGUAAUGCAACAGAAGGCUUUUGAGGAAAGCAGAUAUCCCUGGCAGGAGUCCUUCGAAAAUGUUGCUGUGUGCCUGCCAUUCCGCUGCCCGAGGUGUGGAGACCGUACUAGAUUUAGAAGCUUGUCAUCCUUGAGGGCCCAUCUGGAAUUCAGUCACAGCUAUGAAGAAAGAACCCUGUUGACAAAAUGCAGCCUCUUUCCGUCCCUCAAAGACACAGAUGUGGUCCCUUCCUCAGGACUUCUGAAGCAGGGGAAACUGCAGGGCCACGGCCAUGUGGUCAAACAGAAGCCAAGUUAUGUUAACUUGUACAGCAUUUCUCAUGAACACUACAAGGACCAGAAGCCAUUGGAGGUGGUGGCAGAGAGGCCUGCGUCCUAUGUGCAGACCUACACGGCCAUGGACAUACGUGCAGACUCGCUGGAUGGGCCACGGUCAAGUCCUGGACUUCCCACCUCCGACACCAAAGCUGCUUUCGAGGCACAUGUCAGAGAGAAGUUCAAUCAGAUGGUUGAAGCUGUGGAUAGGACCAUCGAGAAGAGAAUCGAUAAACUCACCAAAGAGUUGGCCCAGAAAACCGCAGAACUGUUGGAAGUUCGGGCAGCUUUUGUGCAGCUGACUCAGAAGAAGCAGGAAGUUCAGAGACGAGAGCGAGCCCUGAACAGGCAGGUGGACGUGGCCGUGGAAAUGAUCGCUGCACUGAGGCAGCGCCUGACCGAGUCGGAGGAGGAGCUUCUUAGGAAAGAAGAGGAAGUCGUUACAUUCAACCAUUUCCUGGAAGCAGCAGCUGAGAAGGAGGUUCAAGGCAAAGCUCGGCUCCAGGACUUCAUCGAGAAUCUGUUGCAGCGGGUAGAACUGGCAGAAAAGCAGCUCGAGUACUAUCAAAGCCAGCAGGCCUCCGGCUUCAGCUGUGACAUCAGUGAGCACUUGUUUACAGAUAUCUCCUCCAAUAAGAAACCCAAAUGCCUAAGCCGAGUCCAUCCCCAUUCAAUGUGCAACCACGCUGAUCUCAAGGCCCAUCUCCACCCCAAGGGAAGGAGCCACCUGAAGAAGGCCAGGGACGACCGAGGCAGCGUGCAGCCGGCCAGGGCCACACACGAACAGGCCGAGUCCUCACGAGACCUCUGCAGACUGCUGGGCCGGAAGGGCAAUGUCAGACCCAAAAUGGCUAAAAAAAAGCCAACAGCAAUUGUGAACAUCAUCUGAGAGGAGAGGUGAGGGGAGGGUCUGGACUCCCCCAACCGUUCCAGGGCCAAGAUCGUUGUCCUUUUGGACACUUCCAGUAGGGUGUAUCGGGUAAGCAGAAGGCAUAGCACACCCAAGUGUCCGGUUAACCAGAAUCAAACAGAGGGGAAUCUCAGUGAACCAGGAUUUUGUCAUCACCCUGCUCCCUUUUAAAAGCAAGGGCAGAUCACAGAAAGAAUUUUUAAAAAUUGAAACAAUCUAAUCCUAAAGGUUUAGCAAAACAGAACUUCAGCCACGAAGGUAAUGGGUCUGGUCUGUAGCUGUCCUGGAUUCUGGGCUUCCACACAGAGGUCAUUAGUGCUGGUGACCAGGGCCACACACAGACAUCAGAUGCUGGGAGAAAGGUCAUCUGUGCCUACUGCCUUCUAAAUUGUGAGGCAAGGAAGGGACAUGUACGGUCUAGUAAAGCAGUGAAAUAAUAUUUCUGUUCGUGUUUAGCCCUCCCCUGAGUUAAUGUGAAAGCCUUCACAAUAACAGUUCAUUCCCCCCUGAGUGCUCUGGUUAAUCAAGAUUUUAAUGUCUGAGGAUGCUUACGGGACUUGCUCAGUCAAAAUUCAGUUUUCAUUCUGGCAGAUUGCUUUUCAGUUUGUUUGAUUCAGGUUUUUCUGUGUCCUUGAAUGCACGUUUGUUCAGAUUUUGAUACACUGUGCUGUCUUUUUUGGCUAAGUAUUCUGCACCCUCCAACCAUCCUGCCAGCCUUGAUAGCUGCUUCCAGGCUGUGGUCUGGGAGGACCCUGAAGCCCUCUGAUCAGCUGGCGGCAUUUUGCUGCUGUGCCCAAGUGCUUGGAGUACCAGUAGAUGGCGCUCUUAGGGCUUUGGUUCCAUUCAGGAGGCACUGUAGAUCGCGCCCAGCCCUGUCCUAAGACCUGCUUUCUGGGUAGUGCCAACAGCUUGCUCGUUGAAUUGUGGGCAUGACUUUCUCUUCACUAGCAUAACUUUUCAACCAGCUGCUCACUUUGUAUCUGGCCGCUUCUGUGUCGUUUAACAACUUAAUAUACUUUCUUACCUUUCAACCAUCCGGCGUAUUCACUGUACAGUGCAUUUUAAAGUAAUUUCUGAAACAAACAGUGCAUGUAGGGUUCAAAAUCUGAUACUCUCCUCUCUCAAAUGGCUUUUGUUUCUAUGAAGGAAUAUCUUUGAGCAAUCUCCCACUUUAAAAUUUUCUUCUAGAAUGAAUUGUCAUGUAUUUUUCAUUACAUUUAGCAAUAUCAUCAGGUCUUAUGCAGAGUGUACAAGUGCUGACAUCCCUCUAGAGACAAGAUAAUUUUGUCCACAAAUAUAUAUAUAUAUAUAUAUAUAACAUAUACAUAUAUAACACACAAAUAUAUGUCAAGUAUAUUAAUAAUUUAUUUUUAAAUACUUAUGGAGAAAGUGUGUGUUUAUGUUGGGUGGUCUUAAAACUACAAAAAUUUAGCGCUUGGUUUGGCAGCACAUAUACUGAAAAAAACUAUGUAAGUUUGUUCAUGUAAAUUGAAUUUUCUGUUUUAAAAAUUAAAACUUUAACCUAAUUAACAUUAGUAGAUUUAUGAUUGUUAUUGAUGUAAGCAUUAUAUUAGCUGUACAUUAAAUUAGGUAACAAAGCAAUUACUUAAAAUGCCAGUAAAUUGAAAACUGUAACAUCAUUUUCAAAUAUUUUGAACUUAUCUUAGUGGAAAUGUUGAUUUUUGAGUCUUCACUUUGACUUUUGGUUUAUGGGGAUGGGGUAUUCAUGUGGUGUAUAGGCAGCUAUCGAGUGGGUAAAAACAUUGCUGUGAAUAUCAUAUCACUGUUUAGACUAAUAUUGUAAAAAUUGUAAUGUUUAUUUAGAUAAUUAAUCGCCUCCAAAGAUAAAUUAUUUAUUACUGAUGCUUAUACCAUUAUUGCAUUUUUGCCUUUUUCGUACUAAAAAAAUAACGACUUGGUUAUUUGCAUGCUCUUUGUCCCGUAAUGUGUGCAAAUGACAACUUGUUUUUAAAGGUGGUACAGCUAGAUUUUCUUUUCUGUUUUAUUUAGAGUAACUCACCUUUUUUGGUGUUCAUUUAACAUGCCUAGAGGGCACGGCUGCCUCUCUGACAGUGGUACCCAUUGAUCUUCAGAAAACACCAUAAUGUCAUAACUAUUCUGUAUACAUUACACAAGACAAGUAGUAUUCAAAUUUAUUUAUUAAACACUUUCCUUUUAAGUUCAGGUUGCAUUCUUAUCCCCAUAUGAAGAAAUAUUUUAUGUGGGUUGCACUUCCUUCAAGACACAAACGUACUGUUGGAAAGUGGGAGCUGACUCACUCGGAGGGCUAAUUCACCUACAUGCCAUGGCCCGAGCCAUGUGCCAUGUCCCACAUAUAUUAUGUUCUGAAAUAUUCUUCUUGUCCCCAUGGGCAGUCAGCCUUGGAGUUGAGGCUGUUGCUAAUUUGAAGAAAUCACCAAAGUUUCUGGGAAAACAUGUUUGAGGUUAAACUGAAUAGAUCAAAUUUUGUUAUUUGUUUUGUAAAGAAGAAAUCUUCAUUUGGACUGUGCUUUCUUUUUUCUUUCCUCUCAGACUAAAAUAACAGGCUCUUAUCUGCAAAGUUCAGAUGGCUUAGACACUGUUUUCCGGUAUUCUGCAGGGUCAGUUACUUGUUGUAUAGAAGUUGGAAUAUUCUCUUCCCAAGAUUAAAAAAGAAGUUUUUAGCUUAUGAAAUACUAUGCUAAUAAAGCUAUAUUUCUGACUAAGGUGUUGGUA